UCCCGUAAACGUUAGAAGUCAGCUAGUCAGCCGGUAUCAGCAAGUUGCACCACACGCAAUACGCAUUGUUAACACCAAAUCCACCAAGAUGAAAUUCCUGAUUGCCCUCGCUGCCAUUGUUGCUGUCGCCAUGGCCGCCCCCGCCGGUGAAGGCGAUGCUACCAUCGUCAAGUAUGAAAACGAUUUCAAGGGUUCCGAUGGUUACAACGUGGUCUACGAAACCAGCAACGGUAUCUCCGGUGCCGAGCAGGCCCAGCUGAAAACCUUCGCCGAUGACGUUGCCGCCAUCGUGGUCAAGGGAUCUUACUCGUACACCGGUACUGACGGACAGGUUUACUCCAUCACCUAUAUUGCCGAUGAGAAAGGAUUCCAGCCGGAAGGUGCCCAUCUGCCGAAAGUGUAAAUAAUGUGGCUCCGAGAGAAUAGCGUGGUGCCGUGCAUGAAAAAUUUUGUGCUCAUGAAAAAUAGUUCCCUACCUUAUCAUAAAACAGGUUACUUUAACCUAUUCGGAUGAAAUUCAGCUGUACUGAUGCAGAGAAUUGUGCUCGACUAUUCACAAGUUAUUCGUUGAUUAAAUUCAAAUUCUUCCAUAAAAGGCUCCGCGUUGGACCAAAGGAAUAAUUCCACUAGUCGACAAAAUGAAAAAAGUGCAUUCCAAAAGCUCAAAUCGGAAAAAAAAAUGAAAGAUUUGGUGCCUCUAGCCAUUACCAAAACGCGUCAACUUACGUGAGAGUGUUGUACAGAAAUUACUCGCCGGGUUCAUCGCUUUAACGUUAUGUUUACGAGGAAACUUAUUUAUGUCUCUAAAAAAUAACUGUAAUGGCUAAGGACACCAAAAUUCACAGGAAUGGUUGAAUGGCUAUAUUCUUUCAUUUUUUUCAGUUUGAGCUUUUGGAGUGCUCCUGACUCGACCAGUGUUAUUUAUUUUUUUGUAAUUGUUAUGAUUUGACUUUUCAUUAAACAGAGGUAUCAAAAAGAUUAAAAUCCAUCAAGAUGAGAACACCCCUAUUCAACGUAAAUCGUAUUUCACUAAAUUGAACAUUUCAGUUCUUCUAACGCUUUUUUCUCCGUUUGAUGAUUUCACAGAUGGGACUGAUAUGCGUUUCACGGCAGGGGACAUGAGUAAAUUUUUUUCCUCAAGAGUAUUCAUUUCAAAAUGUUCAAAAAAAUUCUAAUCAACUAAUAGACAACUUAUUUCGAGAAAAUCUGAGAUUAUUCUUUUAUUUUUCAAAUAAUUUUUGUUUUAAGAAUUAGUUUUUUUAGUGUAGAAACUCAAUAUUUUAUAUUUUUUUUCCUGAAAGUUAUCCCCUGGCAACCAUUCUCUUUCUGUCGUCAUUAUCUAGAUUCAUAGAAAAAUAUUCGACUACUUCAACCCUUUUCAAAUGUUACUUUAGUCAAUGUUCAGAAGACUGAGGUAUGCCAUGUUCUUAGUUUAGAAAGGUUUACACACCCACAAAAUUUUAUAGAAUUUCGAGAUGUCAGCCGCGAAAUUUAUAAUAUAUUAAAAGUUGGCGCGAAAUUUAUAAUAUAUUAAAAUAACCAAACAGUAUUUUCUCAGAAGUUUAGAGAUCAAUUUUAACAGAAUUAUUUGCAAACCAAAAAUACAUUGUUUAGACCCCAAAAUGAUUAUUUACUACA